CGACCGCGUCCGAGCUCUUGUCUACUCAGAUAUUCUUGUCUUCGCACCUUCGUCCGAGCACCAUCUACAGCAGAUCUGACCAUAUGAGAAGUGAUACCCAUUGUCGAGUACUCUAACUAGCUGCUACCAAGAGGCUUGUACACGCCCAAAACGUUACGAUUGUUCCUAGCGGGACAGUACUCCCACUCCUGCUGGGCUUUGCUCGGAUUGCUUGGCUGUCAAGCAGGGGAUAUGCAGCAGUGUAGGGCUGGUCCUAAGUAGAAGGAGCUGUGGAAUAGUAGAUUGUCAUACUAGGUCAAAUUCAUGGGGGAGACCACAAGGGAUGCACAUACACUUAGCGAAAGGACAGUACAGCGCAGCUUCAUCCACAUUAUCAAUUUUGUAGUGAAGCUAGCCCAAGGCGGUAAGGGUCUUAUUCAGGUCACUGACGGAAUGGUCUUUGGUCACAAAGAGGAGAAGGAAAGCAAUUUAUUACCCGUCGUCAGAGUAAGAAGUGGAAAAUCAACUGGUCCCAGAGUCGAAGACUCCUCUGUUCCCCUUCCACCAACACAAUGCACAAGAAGAUGCGCGGCAGAGAGCGCUCCCAAGAAACCGGAAACGUGUGGAAGACUUGACUGGGAGUUGGUGGAUUAAUUUGGAGCAUAUGUAAGGAAGUGACUGGAAAUGGCGUGAGGUUUUCGAGGGUUGCUGCACACAUUUACGCGUUUGGGAAUAGUGAUGAAUGAGGAGGGAGUGGAAUGGGAUGUAAUGCCAUUGGCAAAGUUUUCCCAUUCGAAGCCUGGAAAAAACGACUAAAAGAAGAAGCAUCCGGAAGUAAUAAAGGGUGCUCAAAACCGAAGCUCCGCCGUGCCAAGAAGGAAGACCAAAGCACUUAUCUCCUGCCCGCUCGCGCGUCGAGAUGAAGCAGGAGACGCAGGAUGUGAAGCCAUGCGGCACAGAGUUAUGCAAAUACUCUUGAUGCCAAUAGGCCGGCUGCUAGAAAUGACAAGAAUGGAACGGACUUCCUCAGGGUUCCGCAUCCGGUCUGGGUCAGCAUUGUCUGCGAGGCAAAUCUGCCCGAAAUGCACCUGUAGCUAUUGAUAAUUUGAAGUGCAUGUUGGGAGCAGAGACUGAAAGGGCACGAUUCAGAAGUGGUACGAGCUUGAAACAAAAUCGUUGAGAGAGGGUCUCGCUUUGAAUUCGUAUUGUUGACCAGAGUGCGGAUUGUAUUACAUUGCGACUGAUUGAAGGAGAAUCUAGGUGAUGAAAUCAAUAUCCAUUGGACUCUGUCUUCGCGGCCUUUCUUUCUUUGUUCAUUAUCGUUAUAUCGCCGGCGGUGUUGCUGGUACUGGAAUCAAUCACUAGUCAGUCAGCGACAGAUUACCAGGCAUCAAUUAUUGCCAUCGGAUCAGGCAUUGUUGGGGGCAAUCUGAUGCACCGUUGGAACGGUACUUCCCGUUACGCUGGUAGUCUUGGUCAUGAUUGCUGGCAAAUAGAGGAGGAGAGAGCCUUUUCGGGCUCUUGGACGCCGGUGGCUGGGACCCGCGGAUAUUCAUCUGCC